AUGGCUAAGACCAAGGUCAAAGGCACCAAGAAUAAAGCUGCCAGGAAACCCAAUGUUCCUCCAAAGGCAUUGCCUGUGACACUCCUUUCAGGAUUCCUGGGAGCCGGUAAAACAACUCUUCUCCAACAUAUCCUCCGAAGUGAACAUGGUCUUCGCAUUGCAGUGGUAGUCAACGAUAUAGGAGCUAUAAAUGUCGAUGCAUCUCUCAUCAAGCAAACCCACCGUGUCAACAAAACACAAGAGAAAGUCAUCGCUCUCCAAAAUGGCUGCAUCUGCUGCACCCUUCGAGGAGACCUCCUCGAAGAGCUUGUUCGUCUCUCUCAAUUGCAAGAGUUUGACUACAUAAUCAUUGAAAGUAGUGGCAUCAGCGAGCCUGAGCAGGUGGCUGAGACGUUUGACUCGCGGCUAGCGGAACAGAUGGAUACCAUGGGGUCUAUCGAGGGUGCACCUGGGCUUGAUGCUGACAUGAUCAAAGUCCUCAACCAGCUAAAAGAAGCUGGUGGUCUGGAAAAGUUUGCCAAACUUGAUACAACUGUCACUGUCAUUGAUGCAUUCACUAUGCUCCAUGACUUUGACACAGGUGACCUGCUAUCUUCCCGAAGAGAUGAUGUUACACCAGAAGAUGAAAGAACAGUGUCGGAUCUCAUGGUUGAUCAAAUCGAGUUUGCAGACGUCAUCAUCCUCAACAAACUCGACAUGGUCGACGCAUCCACAAAGCCACGACUGCUGGACUUGAUAAAGAGGCUCAACCAUCGGGCCAAGGUCAUCGAGUCGAGCUAUGGAAAGGUUGAUGUCAAAGAAAUAGUCAACACAGGCAUGUUCAAUCUGCAAGUUGCCCAGUCAGGCUACGGUUGGCUUCAAGACCUCCAUGAAAUGACUGUCCGUGAGGUCAAUGGACGUAACGUUAUUACACCAAAGCCCGAGACGGAGGAGUACUCUGUCAGAAGCUACAUCUACAGCCGUCAUAGGCCGUUUCACCCUCGACGACUUUGGGCAUUACUAUAUGACAAGUUCAUCCUUCAACUUGAGCAUCCCGACGAGGAUGGUGAUGAAGAGGAAGAAGAAGACGAGGAAGAUGAUGACCUUGAGAUGGUUGACUACGCAGACGCUCAAGACCCGUCGGCGGAAAUCGACCAAGCAACUGAAGACUCGUCUUCAUCACAUGGUAAACGCUCCGCGCCAUCAUCACCUCGAAGCUCACACUCUACCAUCGAGUCUGCACCUUCGCCAGAGCCUGCUUCCAAGAGGCAAAGGCUCACCGACGAAGAGAUGGACGAGACAGAAGAUUUCUUCACGCCACCCAACGAAGUAAUCCUUGAAACCAAGCGCAAGCAUCCCAUCUUCGCCCGUCUCUUCCGUUCCAAGGGUGAAUUCCUCCUGGCAACACGUCCCCAUCGCGCAGGAGACUGGUCCCAAGCUGGUGCAAUGCUCACCAUGACAGACGGGAGGCCAUGGUUCUGCACCCUUCCUCCAGAGGACUACACGACAGGAGACGCAGAGGUAGAUGGUCUUGUACAGCACGAUAUCGAAAAGGGCGGCGAGUGGGGCGACAGACGCCAGGAGCUGGUGUUUAUCGGGGAGAACCUGGAUCACAAGGCGCUUGAGAAAGUGCUGGAUGAAUGUCUCCUGACGGAUGACGAGUUCAAACAGUGGGAAGACGUUAUGAGAGAUGAGAACAAAAGCGUAGAGGAGAAGCGUGAGGCAUUGGAGGAUCUGUUUGAUGAUGGUUUUCCAGAUUGGUCCGAUGAUGGUGAGGAGGAUCAUGAGGGGCAUGACCAUUCGCAUGCGGGUGGGUUGAGGUCGAUUAAGAAACACUUACAGGAAGUGGACUAG